GGUGCCGAAAGGUUAAAGAUUCAAUCAUGUCGAUCACGUUGGACAGGAUCGAAACAUCGGGGUUUGGGCGCGUAAUGAGGUGUGCCUGCGAUAUUUCUAGUUUCGAAUCCCCGCCGUCUACGGUGAAGGAAAGAAAGCGGUUGCCAAAGGCGGAGGAAGAAGAAGAGGACUGGGGAGGUUCAUCGUCCACGACGACGUCGUCUUCGAUCGGGAGGAAUAACGAUGACGACAACGAGGAGUAUGGGAGAUCCUCGGAUGGUGGAGAUUGCGAGGAAAACGAGGUUCAAAGCUCUUAUAAAGGUCCUUUAGAUAGGAUGAAUUCCAUCGAACAGGUUCUGCCCAUGAGAGCUGUUACCUGUUGCUCCCUACGGCGCUGCAAUAUGCUGAUAGUCCAGGACACAAUGUAACAAGGGAGAAGGCCAGUAGCACGAAGGAGGGAAAUCUAGAUGGAAAAAAAUAAAGAAGAAAGAGAAGUUAGAAUCGAACAAUUAAAAGUUGUGAAUUACAAAAAGAUCAAUGCAAAUUCGAGCCAUGCAUACAGAGAUAUAUCGAGAUAAUUCAUCGUCUGUGUCUCCACUGGCUAGGUACAAAACAUGCCUCAAGAAUAGAAGAGCAAGUAUCUGCAAAUAAACGGAUAAAAUAAGAUCUAAACAGAAUAAGAACAAGGAUAUCAGCAGUGAUUCCU